UCGACGACGAUGUGCCACCAUCAUUGCAGCAUCAUCCUCAUCAGGUCAUAACUACUGUAUUGGACCGUAGCAACAUUCUUGUAGGUGGCAUCGUCACUGCCUGGCAUAGCUAUAAGUGCUGAAAAUUUCGUUUCAAGCAACGCAAACAAAUUUCUGCCCAGAUAUCUAUUGUCAACAAAAGAGGAAACCUUCCUAGUGAGAAAAGCGUUCUGUUUGGGACUGCCAAAAGUUACUUUCCAAUUCAAGGAUUUCGCUAUUCCCGAAACUCACCAUAAUCAUCAUGAGUGAGCCAGAGACAGCGAUUGCAAACGAGACUGCUGUGGUAGGCGAAAUGGCGAAGAAACAAGGAAAUCCUCCUGCGAACCCACCACUAUCGAAUGCCCACAUUGAAAAACGGAAAAAGAAGAAUGCCAAGAAACGUGCCAAGCAAAAGGCCAAAAAGGCAGCAGCAUCCGCCAGUGUUGUCAAGUCAGAUGAUAUUAUAGAAAAGUCUAAUGGCAAGGGAGAAAAGAAUAGUAAUGAUGGUGGCACGGAUGCUGUUGCCAAAAGUGAGAAGGUGUUGGCAGAAGAAUCUGAGAAGACCAUGGCAACUCCUUCAGCCGAAAAGAAAGCAAUCGAAAGGGAACUGGAGGAGAAGAAAAUCGAAGAAGAGCCGUCAUCCAUGCCCCAAUCCAAUAAUGAUACACGCAUUCUGCCAGAAAUCUCGAUCCCAACAGCAGCCAAAAAGGAUACCAGCGAUGAUGAUGAUGAUGAUCAGGAUAUCAAAGAUCGAACGUUUGAUACUGCAGACGAGAGCGAUAGUGAUCCAGAUCUCAUCCCAAUCAGCAAUGAAAUGGAAGAGGAAUCGAGCAGAGAAGACAGUGCAAUAAUCGAUAGCACUCUGGAUCCUGCUAUUAAUAACGAGACUGACGAUCACGACCUCGUCCCAAUCAGCAAUAACAUGGAGGAGGAGGACAGUGAAGACAGCAGCGAUGACAAUAAGGCGGUCAACAAUGACGGUGCCGACAUUCCAGAAAACGAACCCAUAGCAGCUUGUGACCACCAGGAGACAAGUGAAGAAACAGCCGACAAUGACAACACCGACCAAGUAGAGGUUGAUGCAGGCACGGAAUCCGCCGGCAACACCAAGUCGGGCGCACUGGACACCGAAAGCAAUGGCAAGACUCACUCUGACGCCCCAAAACAACCGAGAACCUCUUUGGUUGGUCCAGUCAAGACAGUCAAUGACGAUGGUGAAUCCAUAGAGGACGAGAAUUCAGAAUCCAAUGAUGAUUCAUCGAUAAUUCCUGAUUCAAACUUGAGGGAUCCAAAACGACGCAUUUGUGUCGUGACUACAGCAGCCCUGCCUUGGCGGACUGGUACUGCUGUCAAUCCACUCCUUAGAGCCCUGUACUUGACAAGAGGGCGUCCCAAGCACCACGUUAGUUUGGUUAUCCCUUGGUGCGACGACGAAAAGGACCGGAAAAAGACUCUUGGCAAAGAACAUUCCUUUGCCAAUCAGGAAGAGCAAGAAGAAUGGAUUCGAGAUUUCUGUCGGGCUAGGGCUGGAUGUCCAGAGGAAGAGAAUAACUUGAAGAUCCUCUUCUACCCAGCCAAGUACAACGCCGGAUUUGGAUCCAUCUUUCCUUCCGUUGAUAUUUGUGAACUCAUCCCGGAUCAGGAAGCCGACAUUGCCAUCUUGGAGGAACCAGAACAUUUGAAUUGGCUGAGAGUGCCAAAGCCGUACAAAGAGACUGAAGAAGAAAAAAAGCAAAACAAGAUGAAGGCAAGAGACAACGAGGACAGCGCAGCAACCAAGAAGCAUGUAGCCGCUGCCAAAGAAAAAGCAGAGCUUGGAUGGCGGUUCAAGUUUCGGCAUGUUGUCGGAAUUAUCCACACCAAUUACAAGGCGUAUGCCGAACAGUAUGGAAUGGGUGCAAAGUUCAUUCAAGCACCUGCGUUGUGCGCAAUCAACGCUCUGGUGAUUCGAGCCUACUGCCAUCGAGUCAUCUUGCUCAGUGGGACACUUCCCUCUCUGACUCCUUACAAGGAAGUCACUUGCAAUGUGCACGGAGUUCGCGGCGAAUUCUUGGACCUCCCGAAGGAAAACGAAGGUAAACAACCCGCAGAUAAUGAUGAGCAACACGCACCAGUGUACUUUAUUGGCAAGCUCAUUUGGGCUAAAGGGUUUGAUAAGAUUUUGGAUCUGGAAAACCUGUACAGAGAAAAGAACAAUGACUACUUUCCGAUCGACGUCUACGGCGCUGGUGGCGAUGAAAAAGCGAUCCAACGAGCCUUCUUUGGCCGCAUCCCUCAAAUUCAACGAAGUGAGUCCCCGAAACCAGAACCGAGUUCUCCCGACACUGCUGAGGUGUUCACCUGGGAGAGUUCGCUCCGAAGUCACCUAGUGGAAGCUGUUCCGUUCAAAGAGACUGAAAAGCACGAGAGUGUUGACGAGUUUGAAGGCAACGUUGCAAGGCGCAGGAUUUCUGUCGACAAGUCGGAGGUAAAUGUCUUCGAAGGCAAAGCGCUCAACCCCAAGCGCCCAAGUAGUACAAAAAGAGGGUCCUUACUGGAGAAUAUUACGGAUAAAGUCGUGCCUAUAUCAGUGGUCGGGCAUACCGUGUUGAAAGCUUUGGAUACCACCAAGGCCACAACCGGUGCAGCAGUGGCAGUGGCGAAGAACGUUGUCAAUGCUGGCUUGAACGUUGCAUUCGCCAACGACGGCGGGACGCCCAGAGGAAGCAAGACAAAUAGUGAGUCGUCGAACGAAGAAAAUGGAAAGUCCGGGAAGCAGAAGCUGAUCUUUGACCCGCCGCAAUCGGUGUUUGAGUUUCGCCGGAACCCCAUCCAAGCCCGUUUCCUUGGCACCAAGGAUCACGUUUUGCUUCGGGACAUUCGGGAACACAAGAUUUUCUUGAACAUGUCCAUCACGGAAGUCUUGUGCACUACCAGUGCAGAAGCUAUGGCGAUGGGCAAGUUUGUCAUCCUCCCAAAACACCCGUCGAAUAUGUUCUUUCUCCAGUUUCCGAACUGCUUGGCUUACACAAGCCUAGAAGACUGCUUGGUAAAACUGGAGUAUGCACUUGCCCAUGAGCCAGUGCCUCUGACGGAGGAAGUAGCCAAGAAACUUUCUUGGGAAGGAGCGAAUGAACGGCUGUUUGAGUCCUCAUCCGUCACCAAAGACGAAUGGGCAGAGUGGGAAAAAGACGGAAAGAUCAAGAGUGACGACGACGCUGCCAGAUUUCAUGUAGAGACUGGUAUGCGGGGUCAGCUGAUCGGAAAGUUUUUUGCCCGAGAGAAGCCUUCCGAGGAAGAGGACACGUCGAAUGAGGAUGAAAAAUAAUGCCACCCCAAAACCAUAGACAAACAUGCUCUGUUGCUGCAUAUUGCUUGCCUGCAGCUGACAUGAGAGACUUAAAAGUGCAAGUUUUGACUAUGUGAUUGUAGUCUGGGACUGCGCACUCUUCGAAGCUUCGUUUAGUUUAACUUACAAGAAAUAGUCUAGCUAGCUAGUAGGGAGU